CAAGCCUCCUGCACGAUGCCAGAUACGUAAUCUGGCGUGCCAGGCAAAACAGGCGCGUAUCCCGCGGUUUCCACCCCAACUGGACAUGGAAGCGCUGUUAAAGUCCAUAGAAGGCCGCCAGUAAGCGUCACAAGCUGAAACGGCUUGUAUCGAACCGGCUGUAGUGCGUGAUACACCGGGCAUGACGUAUUCCCCUCUCACCCCGCCGUCCUCGUGAACUAGGCCUCCACGCUUGUUCGUCUCCAUGCCUGGGCAGCCCUCGGCCAGAUGUUUAUAAGGAGGAUCCGUACCCUGUCUCCAUCUCUGCGAUUUCUCUCUGCAAACACACAGUCUUUCUCCAACAGACCCAAGCCAACUACAACUACAACCAUGCCUUCCUACAUCGUGACCUGCAAGGACGACGCUACCCCCGAGCAGAUCGAGGCGGCCAAGCAACAUGCCAAAGACCAGGGCGGCACCAUCGGCCACGAGUACACACUGAUCAAGGGCUUCUCAGUCUCCUUCCCCGAGGACUCUGUCCAAACUCUUUCCAGCCACGAGCACGUGAAGGAGGUUGAAGCUGAUCAAGAGAUGCGCACUCAAUAA